GUUGUAUUCGAUGGAGCUCUGUGAGUUUUCAUGGAUGUCGAGUGCUUAUCCCACUUGUUUGAUUUCAUUAUGUUUUCUCUUAUUCCGAGAGAUCAAAACUCUGUUGUUGAUCGUCUUGUGAAGUCAGCUCUUCACUCUCCUUAGUGGUAUCUAUACUAUUAAAAGGGAAGGAUUUCUAAGAAAUCUACUUAUAAAAGGUUGUUGGACCUAUUCAUUAGAAACUUAAUAAAUCUUAUUUAUGUAAAGUUAUCUUUUUAUACAUUAUAUAGUUAGUUAUUUUGGUUGUUCCUAAAUUGAUGCAACUUAAUUAUUUUUCCUAAAUUGAUGCAACAUAAUUAUUUUUUAAUACCAAAAAAAUAUCCGCGCUUCUCAAGCGCGGAUCAAAAUCUAGUUCUGUAUUAAACUUCCUCUUAAAUUAAUGUAGUCCUUGGUUGCUCAAAAAAGAAUCUAAGGUUUUUUCGAAACGUUAUUGUUAACAACUUUUUCCUAGUUACUGUUUGGUGGGCUAGGUUAACAUUAAGAUUAGCAAAAUCCAGCUCAACUUUAAUUUUAUUAAUUAGCUCAUUUUAAUUUGAUCGUAUUGUAUGGAUUUUAGUAAGGUUAAAUCUAUCAAAAGAUCCUAAAAUAGGUUUUAUGACCAAAAUAAAAGAGAAAAUGACACAAAGAACACUAAAUGAAGUUUUCCUCCCCAAACUAGCACUCAGGAUCAGAAUUCACAAAAAUAGGUUUCAUUAAAGGGGCAAUUUACCCUUAUGCCCCCUUCUUUAACUAAUUUAAAAAACAAAUUUGAAAUCAAUUUGUCGCCGUCCUCGUUUCAUCGCUUCUUCUUCUCGUCUCUCCGUCGUCGUCGUCGUCGUCUCUCCGUCGUAUGAUUUUUUCUUAGACUUUUCAGGAUAUGCUUCAUAACCAAGUAUUAUGCCUUACAGAACUACUUGACUUAUGCAGGUUAGUACUGAUCCAGUUAGCUGUAACACUCAAGCUUCUGAUACAUUUGCUUCUACUGUUCCAUUGAAUGCCAAUCCAGCGAUUCUUUCUACUGUGCAGAGUGAAAAACAGAGUCUUCUAUAUGAAGGUGUUUCUACAGUUCCUCUGAAUGCUCUUCCGGAUUUUAGUACUGAUUCAGCUAGCUGUAACAUUCAAGCUUCUGAUACAUUUGCUUCUACUGUUCCAUUGAAUGCCAAUCCAGUGAUUCUUCCUACUGUGCAGAGUGAAAAACAGAGUUUUCUAUAUGAAGGUGUUUCUACAGUUCCUCUGAAUGCUCUUCCGGAUUUUAGCCCUGUCCAUAUUGGACUUUCACCAAACACGAGAGUAGCUGGCGAUAUUAAGGUGAAUAGCUAUUUUAAGACAAAGAGAGAGUUGAUGUUGAGGAUGAAGAAAUGGGCUUUAGAGUGGAAGUUUGAGUACAAGACUGUCUCUUCUAACAAGUCAAGAGUGCUUUUGAGUUGUGUUGAUGAAAAUUGCACGUGGAGGAUGCGUGCUAUCAAGCUACCUGUUUCAGAUUUUUUCGUUGUUAAAAAGUAUGUUCAUGAGCAUACAUGCGAUACAACACACAGGAAAGCCAACCACAGACAAGCAUCUGCAAAGUUGUUGGGUUCUUUGAUUUCCAGCAAUUAUGGAGAAAAAAAGGAAGGUCUCAAACCGAAACAGAUCAUUGAACAGGUCAGGAUGCUGCAUGGUGUUCACAUCAAUUACAAACAAGCUUGGAGAGUGAGAGAAGAAGCUCAGAUUUUGGUUAGAGGGACUCCUGAAGACAGCUAUUACAAUUUGUCUAGGUGGUUGUAUAAAAUCACAGAAACAAACCCUGGUUCCUUGACUUAUCAACAUGUUGAUGCUGCAGGAAAGUUCAAGUAUGCAUUUGUGGCUUUUGGUCCAUCGAUAAGGGGAUUUUCAUUGAUGAGGAGAGUUAUUGCAGUAGAUGGUACAUUUCUGAAGGGAAAAUUCAAUGGGACUUUAUUGGCAGCUUGUGCUCAAGAUGGGAAUUAUCAUCUAUAUCCUCUCGCCUUUGCAGUGGUUGACGCAGAAAACGGCGCCUCUUGGAAAUGGUUCUUUAGAGGUUUGAGCCAGAAGAUCCCGGACGCUUCGGAUCUUGUUUUUGUAUCAGACAGGGCUAACUCCAUUUCUUCAGCGUUGGAGGAUGUAUAUCCCUUAUCUCACCAUGGAAUUUGCAGGAUCCAUCUGCUCCGCAACAUCACUCCUACAUAUGCGAAGACUGGGUUGCUACCUCUGGUGGAAAGCGCUGCUGAUGCCUAUACGUGUCACGAGUUCUGGUUAAUCUUCAAGGACAUAAAGGAUAAAUGUCCUGAAUUGGCUAAGUAUCUGGAAGAGUCUGAUUUUAGGAAGUGGGCACGAAGCUAUGCGCCUGCGAACAGGUAUAAUAUCAUGACUACCAACAUUGCAGAGUCUCUCAAUUCUAUGUUGAAGAUGCCUCGUGAGUUGCCCAUUAUCUCUCUCCUUGAAACUAUCAGAUUGACGAUGACCACUUGGUUUUUUGAGCGACGCGAAGCGGCUGCGAAACAUAAGCACCUGGUUACUCCAAAAGUUGUUCAGAAAUUGGUAUCUAGGUUAGGGGCCGCAAUGUUGUUGAAUGUGUAUCAAGUUGAUCGAAGCGAGUUUGAGGUGAAGAAUGAAACAAUGAAGUUUGUUGUUGACUUGGAGAAGCGGCAUUGCACAUGUAAUGUUUUCGACAUUGACAAGAUCCCCUGCAUCCAUGCCAUCGCUGCUGCUAAGCAUAUCAAGAGAGAUGAAAACCGUUUUGUUGAUGCUUCUCACUUGACAGAAACGUGGGCUAAAGCUUAUGCUGAAAGCAUACAUCCUGGUGGAGAGUUGUCAACGUCCACCUAUCCAGAGAAUAUUGAUGAACUGUCUUGCCCACCUCCAGCUACCAAAAAGAAAAGUGGACGCCCUCCUACAAAGAGAAAGAGAUCCGUUGGCGAGUUUGGGGUUCCUGGAUCUAAAUCUCAGUCCCACAAGUGCAGCAGAUGUGGCACAGGAGGGCACAACAAGAUCACAUGCCAGAGGCCUAUAGGAUGAAGUUCUACAUUUUUACAUUUUUAUCGAUUAUUAUUUGGAUGUUUGGCUAUUUGAUGGUUACAUGAUAUGCACAAGACCAUAUACAUUUUUUCUUUUGGAACCCUAUCCUGAAUAAGUAUGAUUUCUUACAACUUUUGUAAUAUACAACAUUAUCUUUUGAUCUCAUUUCAAUUUUUAGUUUAAACUUCUUUGCUAGAAAAAAACACAGUAAUAUUCAACUAUUCUGGAAUCCCAUCCAACUUUUGUAACAUCCAACUUUUGUAAUAUACAAUGUAUUAUACUAUAAAUUGUAUGGGUAAAUUCAAUUAUGUGGAAGCAACUAACAGAUGAUUCUCCUCAGCCUAGCGGCUAAACCACGAAACCUAUGAUACCGAAACAUUUGAUCGACCCGGGUUCGACUCUCCUACGAGUAAUGGGUGAUUUUUUUUUUUUUGUUCAAACAU